AUGCCUAAUAAGAUACUACAGGCGAACAUUAAUCAUUCCUGCGAUGGACACAAUAUGCUACUUCAGAUCAUGGCGGAGAAUGAUUACACGAUGGCGAUUGUCUCGAAACCCUACUGGGUCCCAGAUAACAACACAAAUUGGACGGCGAAUGACAGGAGGACAGUGGCCAUCACCUGGAGAAGGGUGGAAAACCCGCUGCCCUCUAUGCCGUUGGAAAAGGGUGAUAAUUUUGUCGCGGUCAGAUGGGGGGAUAUGGUGCUAAUUGGGGUCUACCUAUCCCCCAGUCUGGACGUAGCUCAAUUCGGACAAACCUUGGAAGAGAUUGAGCGCUGCGUCGGAAGAUUCCAGACCGGGAUAGUCCUUGUGGCUGGCGAUUUCAACGCAAAGACGGACCUGUGGGGCUCAGCUGGAACGGACACUAAAGGCAGGUGUCUUCGAAACUGGGCUAGCGCAACCGGUAUGUGCUGCCUCAAUACCGGUGGGGUAAGCACUUGCGUAAGGGUGCAGGGCGAGUCGAUUGUAAACGUUUCGUUCGCUAACCCUGCUGCAGCCGCCCGAGACGUAUGGAGAGUGGCCCCUUACGAGAGCUCGGAUCAUCGGUACAUAGAAAUCGUGGUGGGGGACACAGUGGCUCAAAUAAGGAGGAGAGGACUUCCUCGCCCGCAGAGAUGGACGACGAAAAAAAUGGACGAGGACCUCCUUUGCGCGUCGGUGACUGCCGGGUCGUGGGUGAGGCCGGGCCCCGUUGAGGACUGGGACCUGGAGUUGGAAGCUGCCCAACUGCAGGCGCUUAUGAUUUGGGCAUGCGUUGCGUCAAUGUCUAGGGCUGUGCCGUGUCCAAGAAGAGCAAUGCCUUGGUGGACGUAG